UUAGUGGCACUGCGCGGUCGCUCAAAGUCAGUAGGUUCGGUUCAAAAUGGCGCUAUGUUUACCUGUCCUUAGGCAUAGGACCCGAACGCUUUUUCUAGUUUAACCGCCUCAUUUGUCAUUAUAAUAUCCAGGAUUUAUCCCCAUGAGGUGAACUGAUGCUUUUAUUCUUUGGAAAUAUCGUCUAUCGGGACAUCUGCGACUUAACUGGUAUGCAAUAGGAUAAAUUGCGGCUGCUGACGGGAUGCAAGCCGAGGCGAUGGAGCCCUCGCUGCGGGAGGGCAUCGAGGCGCUGGCGGUUGGCGACAAGACCGCAGGAGAGAAGGAGGAGAAAAGCGGGGACCUUGGUAUUAAUGACGUCAAGAUGGUAGAAGCAACUGUUGAAGAAACCACUUCACCGGAUGAGAAGACAAAUAAUGGAGGGGAGGAGGGCGGAGGAGAGGGGCAGGAGUCCCAGCGAGGAGACUCCCUCCUGGGGUCGGAUGGAGGCGAGAAGACUGGGGAGGUGGAGGAUGAGGAGGAGGAGGAGGAAGAAGAGUGGGAGGUCCCGUACAGUGACGAGGAGUUGGAGCAGCCCCGCACGUGGAUGCCCCCGCCUGCCGAGAUCAAGCGUCUGUACGAGAUCCUGGCGAAGGGGGAGGCACUGGAGCUGAGCUUCGAGCCCCUCCCUCGCCGGCCCCCCACGCCGGAGCGCACCCCCUCUCCCGAGAGAGAUGACGAUGAGGACGACGACGUCAACGAGAGCGAGCGGGCUGGCGGAGAGAGCAAGGUUGUGUCUCCGACUGAGUUUGACUUUGACGAGGAGAAGACGCAAGCCACUCCGAAAAGCUCCUUCAUCAACCGACGCAGAACGCCAGGCUCCUCAGCCCGCUCUUCUGUGAAGCGUGAGGCGCGUCUGGACAAGGUUCUGUCCGACAUGAAGCGCCACCGGCGAAUGGAGGAGCAGAUCCUGCGGACGGGGCGGGACCUGUUUAAGAGUGACAAGCGUGUCGAGGAGCCGCUGUCCCCCAACAGUCAGAAGGAGCGGGAGAAGGAGCGGGAGAGAGACAGCAACCCAGACACCAUCUUCUCUCCUAGGCAAAGGAGAUAUUGAGAGACACCAUCGCACCCAGAGGACCUCUUUCUUUGAAACUUGAAUUUUAUAUCCGUCUUGGACUUUUGUAUGUUUUUUAAGCAUGUUUUGUAAUAACAGUAAUAAACCCUUUAUUCAAUGUAAA